GAUACUCCGAACCCCGAAAUUGGAAGUCUGUAACAAUCGCUUUGACAGGUAUCGCGAGAAUCCCCGAGAACGUAGCAACAAGACAACAAAAAUAAAUUUGUGGACAACAAGCAAGAGUGCAUGAUGGCGGCGUCGCUGCUACGCCGGGACAAGAAAGCUACUGCUGCCCAUUUAAAGGCAGACCUUAAUCGGACUGACAAUAGCUCUGGUGUCCGACAGCUUCAGGAGCUACUUGAUUGUGUUCUUAAUCCUGAAAAGCCAGCGGCCGACACAGAGGCUCUGGACUGGUGUAAAUGUCUAAUAGCAGGAGGAGAAGGGUUCGAAGAGUUCUGCAAAACGGUCCGGUCCUAUGACAACGCUACUCUCUGUGGCUUGGUUUGGACAGCCAAUUUUGUGGCAUAUCGCUGUCGGACCUGUGGCAUAUCACCGUGCAUGUCACUCUGCGCAGAAUGCUUUAACAACGGUGAUCAUACGGGCCAUGAUUUCAAUAUGUUCAGAAGCCAGGCUGGUGGGGCCUGUGACUGUGGAGACAGUAAUGUCAUGCGAGAAAGUGGGUUUUGCAGAAGGCAUCGGUUAAGAACAGGGGAGAAUGUUCCGUCGGUGCCACGUGACUUACUUCUCAUGUCAGAGACGGUCCUUCCCAGGUUCAUCAUAUGUAUCCUACAGUACCUACGGGAUGGAUACACUGAACCAGACACAUCAGUGGAGAGGGAUCUGCAGAAGGUCUUACAGCAGCUGGAGCCACAGAUCUCCUUCCUGGAAGACCUGACGAAGAUGGGUGGGGCCAUGAGGACGGUGUUGACAAAGAUCUUAACCAAUCAGCAAACAUUCAAGGACUUGAGCAUGGGUCAAGAAGAGAAUGUUUAUGCUAAAAAUAACUAUGAGAAGUACCUGUCGGCUCUGAAGAACUCAGGCCUGGUGUCUUCAGAGGAGAAGGCUGGGGCCGGGGCCGGGGUCCAGGCUGGGGCAGCAGAACCUCCCCCAGGAGCCGAGGCUGGGGCUGGGGCAGAGGCCGGGGCUGGGGCUGGGGCAGAGGCCGGGGCUGGGGCUCUGGGGCUCCUAGGGGCCACAGCACCAGCUAGCCCCGAUGACUCGAAUAAAGAGGAGGAUCAAGAUGGCGGGCAGUGUGUUGGUCAGAGGAAGAGGGUGAAACUGAGCAGUACCACCAAAGAUCCAUCCAUAAUGGACUCUCUAAAACACAAAUGCUUUUUGGAGGAGUUACUGUUUUGGACAAUCAAGUAUGAGUUUCCACAGAAGAUGGUCACCUUCCUACUUAAUAUGCUGCCAGAUCAAGACUACAAGAUCACCUUUACGAAAACAUUUGUUCAACAUUACGCAUUCAUUAUGAAAACCCUGAUGAAGAGCCAUGAGUCCGACACCAUGUCCAAUCGGAUCGUCCACAUCAGUGUCCAGCUGUUCAGUAACGAGGAGCUGGCGCGUCAUGUGACUGAGGAGUGCCAGCUGCUGGACAUCAUGGUCACUGUGCUCCUGUACAUGAUGGAGAGCUGCCUUAUCAAAAGUGAACUUCAAGAUGAAGAGAACAGUCGCCACGUGGUGGUGAACUGUGGAGAGGCUCUGCUGAAGAACAACACCUACUGGCCUUUAGUUAGCGACUUCAUCAAUAUUCUCUCACACCAAAGUGUAGCAAAGAAGUUCCUGGAAGACCAUUCCCUGCUCAUGUUGUGGAUGACAUUUGUGUCCUUUUUUCAAGGCAUGAACUUGAAUAAGCGGGAGUUGAAUGAGCACGUGGAGUUUGAGUCCCAGACGUACUAUGCAGCCUUUGCAGCUGAGCUGGAGGCCUGUGCCCAGCCCAUGUGGGGCUUGUUAACACACUGCAAAGUCAAAGAGACGCAGGAAUACACUAAAACAGUGGUACGCUACUGCUUGGAGACCCUGCAGAUCUGGUUCGAUGCCAUCGGCUUUGUGGAUGAGCCGGCUCCAAACCAGGUGACCUUUCACCUUCCACUGCACCGCUACUAUGCCAUGUUCCUCAGCAAGGCAGUGAAGUGUCAGGGCCUGGACCUGGACAGCCUUCUUCCAGACCAGGAGAUGCUGAUGAAGAUCAUGGUCCAUCCUCUUCAGAUCCAGGCCAGCCUGUCUGAGGUCCACAGCAACAUGUGGGUGAGGAACGGCCUGCAGAUCAAAGGACAGGCCAUGACCUACGUCCAGUCGCAUUUCUGCAACUCCAUGAUCGAUCCAGACAUGUAUCUGCUCCAGGUUUGUGCAUCAAGACUCGAUCCAGACUACUUCAUCUCCUCUGUAUUCGAGAGGUUCAAGGUGGUCGACCUGCUCACCAUGGCGUCUCAGCACCAGAACGCUGUUCUGGACUCGGAGCAGGAGAGACCCAUGCUGGAGGGGGCGCUGACCUUCCUGGUUAUCCUAUCCAGUCUCCGCAUCCACCUCGGCAUGGGAGAUGAUGAGAUCCUCCAGGCAGAGAUGGUUUCUCAGCUGUGUAUGAACGACCGCACCCACAGUUCCCUGCUCGACCUCAUUCCUGAGAAUCCCAACCCCAAGAGUGGCAUCGUCCCCAGCAGCUGCAGCUUCGAGGACAUGCUGUCGGCCGUGGCGGACUUCAAAGCCCCCGUGUUUGAACCGGGGGGUUCCAUGCAGCAGGGCAUGUACACGCCUAAAGCGGAGGUGUGGGAGAAGGAGUUUGACCCCAUCAUGGUGAUCCUCAGAACGGUCUACCGCCGGGACGUCCAGUCGGCCAUGGACAGAUACUCAGCAUUUCUGAAGCAGUCCGGGAUGCACACAGGCAACCCGUGGCCUCCCUACAAGGAGAGGACCCCCCUGCACCCCUGUUACAGAGGCCUGGCCAGACUGCUGCACUGCAAAACCCUUCACAUCGUCAUCUUCACCCUGCUCUACAAGAUCUGGAUGGACCACCAGAACAUGUCGGAGCACGUCCUGUGCAUGGUGCUGUACCUCAUCGAGCUGGGACUGGACAACACGGUGCAGGAGGACAAGGAGGAGGAGGAGCCCUGCAUCGAGGAGCACUGCCACGACAGCUGGUUCCCCGGCACCAACCUGCUAACCAACCUGCACCACGUCAUUAACUUUGUGAGGGUGCGGGUGCCCGAGACGGCCCCGGAGGUGAAGAGGGAGCCCCCCCCCAGCACCAGCGCAGAGGCCUCCACCUUCGGCCAGAGCUCCAGACGGCUGACGGGGAACUGGAGAGAGAACCUGCGGGAGGCUCAGGUCUUCAGCCUGGUGGCGGAGCGCCGGAGGAAGUUCCAGGAGAUCAUCAACCGCAGCAGCACCGAGGCCAGCCAGUCGGCCCGGCCCAAGAGCUCAUCCACCCGCUGGGUCCCGCCCGGCACCCCCCCGCAGCUGGUCACGGAGAUCCUGGAGGUCCGCGAGAGCAUGGUGUCCUUGCUCAUCAAGCUGCACCAGAAGCUGUCGGCCAAGCAGAGCGCGCUGACGCCCACCUGGCUGGAGGACAUGGACACGGGGCGCCACGCCCACGGGGACGGCAUCACCGCCAUCGAGCGCAUCCUCACCAAGGCGGCGGCGCGCAGCCGCCAGAGCAGGCGCUGCAUCCAGGAGAUCUGCGGGAAGGUCUGCCCUCCGGUACCACCGAAGAAGAACAGCCCCUCCGACAAGAAGACCAUGGACAAGGAUGAGAGACGGCAGCGGGCCCGGGAGAGGCAGCAGAAGCUGCUGGCUGAGUUUGCCUCCAGGCAGAAGAGCUUCAUGGAGACGGCCAUGGACGUGGAAUCUCCUGAGACUGAAGCAGCCAUGGACCUGGGAGCGUCCGAGUUGAUGGAGUCUGAGGUCCUGUACGACUGUGUGAUCUGUGGCCAGAGCGGCCCCUCCACCGAGGAGAGGCCCACAGGCCUGGUGGUCCUGCUGCAGGCCUCCUCAGUGUUGGGGCACCGCUGCAGGGACGAGCAGGCGAAGAAGCUGCCCACCUGCGACCAGGAGCACAUCUACCCUGCAGACACGUGCGGCGCGGCCCACGACGUCAGGCUCACCCUCAUGCAGCGCUUCUUCAAAGAUAGUUCCUGCCUGCAGUCGGUGUCUAUAGGCUGGGACGGAGGCGUGUACGUGCAGACCUGUGGACACACCCUGCACAUAGACUGCCACAAGUCCUACAUGGAGUCUCUGAGGAACGACCAGGUGCUGCAGGGCUUCUCCGUGGACAAGGGCGAGUUCACCUGCCCGCUGUGCCGUCAGUUUGCCAACAGCGUGCUGCCGUGCCGUCCGGGGCGGGGCACAGAGGCCGGAGGCUGGCGGGCCCCCAGCAGCAAGACCACCAGCGUGCUGGUCAAGGAGGUGGAGGACCAGCAGGACACUCUGGGCCUUUUCCCAGUAAGCAGCCACACUACGGAGUCGAAUCUGAGCAAGGAGAUGGAGUUGGUCAUCAAGGACAUCAAGAACACCACCCAGAAGAAGUACAUGGACUACGGCAGAAACCCUGGCUCUCCUGACAACGACUUCCUGUUCAUGUACUCCGUAGCAAGGACCAACCUGGAGCUGGAGCUGGUGCAUCGUGGGGGGAACCUGUGUUCAGGAGGAGCCAGUGCUGCAGCCAAGCGCUCCUGCCUCAACCAGCUGUUCCAUGUGUUGAACAUGCACAUGCGUCUGUACAGCAUCGACUCUGCAUACAACCCCUGGAACCGGCUCACCCAGAUCACCCACUGCAGAGAGGCAGACGGCCUGGAUGAAGAGCGUCCGGAGGUUCCCAUGCUGUUCCGAGACGUCCCCUCCCUCCUGAUCAUCUUCGUGUUGACCAUGCCCCAGCCGCUACGCAAAGAACACUUCCUGUGUGUGGUGAGGAUGCUGUAUAACCUGCUGUAUGCCCAGGCCCUGGCUGCCCUGUCAGGCAGGUUCAGCCCCGAGGAGAGGCAGGCCUGGAGCACGGCUGGAGCCCUCAAGAAGAAUGCAGCCAACGCUGAGCAGUGCAGCGAAGCCCUUCUCGGCCACGUCAUCGCUGAGCUGUCCAGCGAGAGGAGUGUGUAUGACGUCAACCUGGAGGAACCGUCCAUGCUGAGCUCCAGCGUGUGGUCGCCCCAGUCCAUGGAGUACAGCCUCCAGCAGUUCUGUCUGCCCUUCCUGCGUCUCUCCUGCCUGCUGCAGCACCACCUGUACGGGGACCACCUGUCCGGCUGCCCGGAGGAUAAGGAGUUCUCCUCCCUGGCCGUGUGUCUGGGGCUCCUAGCCCCCGGCCCCCAGGCCUCCAACCCCAUCACCAGUGCCUCCUGUCUGGAGUGGGCGGUGGGAGCCUUCCCCCUGAUGACCCAGUGGUGCUCCGAGGUCACCGGGCUGUCCGACACCCAGGCCGAGCAGUCCUUGACCCUGCUAGUCCAGGACCCUCAAUGGGCACCCCCCCAUCUCCUGCAGCUCCCUGACAACUACAACACCAUCUUCCAACACUACCACAGGAAGGCCUGCUCCGCCUGCAAGAAGGUGCCAAAGGACCCCGCCCUGUGCCUCGUCUGCGGGGCCUUCGUCUGCCUCAAGGGCCUGUGCUGCAAGCAGCAGGGCAUCUGUGAAUGUGUUCAGCACUCCCAACACUGUGGGGCGGCGACGGGCAUCUUCCUGCUGAUCAACGCCUCCGUCAUCAUCAUCAUCCGGGGGCAUCGCUUCUGCCUGUGGGGGUCCGUGUACCUGGACGCCCACGGAGAGGAGGACCGAGACCUCCGCCGUGGCAAGCCCCUGUUCCUCUGUGAAGAGAGGUACCGCGUGCUGGAGCAGCAGUGGGUCUCGCACACCUUCGACCACAUCAACAAGCGAUGGGGGCCCCACUACAACGGCCUGUGAAGACGCCCUGCAUACACGACAGCCCCGCAACUCCAGGUGGAAAAGAAUCUCCAUGGUUUAAUGUGUCUGCCCCUGUGAAACUGGGAACCUUAUGAUGUGAUAUAAACAAACAUGCAGUGAGAGUGGUGCUGCUACAGCCUUGGUUUAUGUGAAGUUUGGUGUACAAUCAUGCCUAAAGACUAACAAGUGUGUGUGUUUAUUUAAGUGAUUUACCGUGUGGUUUUCAACAGGGAGAAACAAAAUUUGACAAGCUGGAUAAGUGAAAGCACAACCUUGCCCAGAGAAAAAGAUAGGGUUAGAAGGCUUUUCAAGCCCAACAUAUAGUUUGUUUUCUGCUAAAAAUAUAGAUUCCCUUGGUUGGAGUAACGUUCAUUUGUCUCCAUGUAUGAGUUGAUGCAUAUCCCUCAUCUAAGCAACAUCUCGUUGCUAGCAUGGGUUUCAAAUUCCUGGUGAAGGUAGCGAUGUUGUUGCUAAAUGAGUGUUGGAUGGAACAUAGUGGAAGGCAGGAGAAGUUACCCAUCAACACAGUUUAUUGCAAACAAACAAAGGUUCGUUUUUUGGGGGGUCAAGUUGCAAUUCAUCCUCAGGAAUUUUUUUGCUGUAGUUUAAAAAACUACGUUUUUAAUAUUUAAAUAAAAUGCUGCUGCUCAUUGUUCGAUUUAAGUAAUUUUACCUUUGUAAAGAUUAUUUUUCUUUUUCUAUAAAAAAAAAAAAAAAAUGGUGAAGGUUUUGAGUUUACGGGAGAUGGAGACAGUCUGUUGACUGAAGCUCACUGCAGUGUUGAGAUGGAGACAGUCUGUUGACUGAAGCUCACUGCAGUGUUGAGAUGUGUGGUCAUCUCUGGAUCCAACACCCAGUCCUCCCUUCUACGAUGCCUCGCUGGUUCUGAGUGAAACAACAGCCGUUUCCCAGACCAAAUCCAGUAGACUGAAAUACAGACAGACCUGUGUGGAUCAAAGUACAUCUGUCCACUUCAGUUUACAUGUUUCCCCAUUUGAUUUAUAUUUCUUAGUAUUACAUUUUUCACAAAUUCGAUAGUUAUUUUCUUCCUUUAAAGUUGAACACGUUUAGAUUUAUACUGAUGUGGAAUACUCCAAGUACAUGAGGGGUAACCUUUAUAAUUUUGUGCUGGUGAGGAAUUUAGCAGUUUGAAGGUUUUUAGUCAUUGUGCAUUGGGCGAAUGUUCAAAUGUCUUCACAUGCUUUCAGUGGGCCCUUUCUGUGAAGAUGCAGUAAAUGUUGUGAAAUGUUGUGGGCAUAUCAAACAACUCUUUCUUUUGGAUUAAAAGGAGAUUACGGGAGGGGGGGGGGAGAUCUGAAGGAUAACAUUUGGUCUGUUUGUGUAUUCAUUGUGUUACCUAGUGUGAAACUAUUGAGACGUGUCAACCAUCUAUUAGUGCUGUAUCACAAUAACAGGAGAUCAUAUUUUCCGCACUGUCACCUACCUUCGUCUGUAUGUUUUUGGUUGCCAAAAUGUAUAUCCAAAAUAGCUAAGCAUACAGUAGACAAUCCCAUACAAGUUACUCCAAAUUGUAAUCACUGACCGACAAGUCAUGGAUGCAUUCAGUUGUGCGUCUUCAGUACCCAUCAUACACAAAUGUUUUCAGCCACUCCUUUGAGUUAACUGUUUCAAAUGCUUAGUUUCAAUCACCAUUUCCCCCUCCGAAUGAGUAGACACUUAUCCAGCUGUGCCUGUAAGAUUCAUGUUACUUUUGAUAUUGGAAAGAAAACAUUGUACUGUGGGAUCCCUGGUUGAUUAAUGCUGGUGUUAGUACGUUUUGCUGGUCCACAUUGUGCUGGAAAUAGGAUCUGUUUUUUUUUAGGCAAACACUUGAAUGAUUUUCUCUUGAAUUCACGCAUGCUGCUUAACUGUUUCCUCUGAUGUUCCCUAAGCUUCUUAUUUUACAAGCCCCAGUCUGUACAUGACCGCAACAGAGUGGCCAAGGGGUAACGCCUGGACACUAACUGAAAGCUCUUUGCGUGUUCUCCUGUAUGGAUGAAAAGAAAGAAUACAGUACAUUACUGUAGGUGCUUUCUGAGUUGGAUCAGGAAGUGUGACUUAGACAUUUAAUGCAAAAUGUAACAUAUGUGAAUAAAAUAUAAACACACUGA